CUAGUAAGCAUAAUUUGGCCAGCACUAUAAUUGACCAUAUAUGUCAUGUGUUUUAUGUGUUUUAUAAUUUUAUUUCAUGAUUUUGGCUAAAUUCAUUUUCUUGGCCUAAAUUAUAUUACCACUACCAAAAUCAGGUGAUUUUUGGCAGACAUCCGUCAGAGGAGAGAAUUUUAAUGUGAAUUUUAUCCAACAAAUCCCCGAAAUUUCAUGGUCAAUUUUGCCACUGGUGAUUGUCUCUCAUUUGAGUAUGAAGAAAAGUUAGACCGAUCAAAAACUUCUUAUGGUAAUAAAAUUAAAAAUUUUGAUAUAAAUUCACACAGUAUUCACACACAUCACUCGGAUCGAUCCGAACUUAUCCGGAUCAUCAAAAGAAUCGAAUGAUAUCUCAAUCAAUUUCCGAUCAGAAAGUAUUUAUAUUAAGUAAUGCAUAAAUGUUUCAUUUAUGCAUAUUCUUGAAACGAGAAAACAAAAGUUUAUAACGAAAUCCUUAUUAAUCUUUGUAGGGAAAGAUUUCAUUGUAUAUAACUUUCAAGGUAAAAAUAAAUAAAAUAACAAAAUAACCCAAUUU